AUGUCAGCGCUGUUGUCGGAACAGGUCGUUGAAGACAUCCUGGAAGGCAACUUUCGAGUGAAUUGUUUCAGUUAUGCAAGUGCUGCACUCCUGAUCUAUCAUGUCGCCUUGAACUUGCCACAUGAUGUACGCCAUCUGUGGGGGCGAAGAUCCAUUGCAAUACUACUCUCUGCCAUCAACUGGCUUGCUAUCACUGGUACUAUCAUUACGAAUAUGCCCCUUACACAGGAUACCACACAAAUUAUUUAUUUCACAAGAUGUGUGUCUUCCAACUAUGCAUUUGGAGUGGUGUUAUAUGUCAACACUGCCAUACCUCCAUUGGUAGCCGCCCUGCGUGUACAUGUCGUGAGCGGAGGCAGCUGGCGCUGGGUGUUACCAGUCUGGCUUUUUGGUAUGGUGCCCGUGUGCACUAACAUAGGUGCUCUCGACUCAAGCAGAAUGUUGAUCACUACUCGUGUAUCUGUGGUCAUCUCGGACAUCCUCGUAGUUGCAGCAACAUGGUACUACAUCAGCCGUACAAGCUCCGUGGGAGAACAGCUGGUACGUGGGGUCUGGGCUACAAGGCCCAAUCUCACAACCGUCAUGUUCCGCAACGGUACUCUGUACUUCAUGAUGUCGAGCAUACUGGUCUCCCACUUCCUCAUCUGCAUCCGCGAAGCCGCAGAAUGCUCAAUACAGGCACUCGGCUCCCAAUCUCUGUCCUUCAUUGACUCGCAAGGUUACUGUGUCUCACAGCCGUGGCUCUCUAGCAUAGAAUUUGGGGCCGACAUCGCCAACCCCUCUGCGAGAGAUAGUAACGAGGAUUCUUCAUCUGAUCUUGAGGACGACCUGGAUUCAAGAGGCGAAGAUGACGCAGGAGACGCGGGCAAUGAUGGAAUAGAACUAGAGCAUACGCAGUCUCUGUCCAUUCCGUAG